AGCCACCCACUUUUCACGGCUUUGCAGAAAUGUCAAGUGGUCCUAGGACACUUUUGUCACUAUCAUAUAUAUAUGAACUUGUAGCGCGAGAACUUAUCUAUCGAUUGGUAUAUCUAUCGUAGUGGCUAGAUGAUGAAGGGUGUCAUAGAUUAUCUUAGACUUUUGCACAUAGGAGAUUAUUUCCCAUAGAUGGAAGUAUUUCUAAACAUACUUGGUGUCAGAACGACUAUUUCCGUGUGUGUGAUAUACAGAAAUAUAGCGCAGAAAAAGUACUUUCGAAUGACAUAAAUGGUUCUAUGAGGUAUGAGGCUGCGAGAGACACUCGAAAAUAUGAUCAAUAAAACGUGCCAGAAGUGAUUACAGUUAAUUGGACCCAAUUUUUUCUGAGAGCAUUUCUGAGAUCUGUCGAGUGGCUAGAAAUGUUCUCCUGUUCAUUCUGCAUCUAACCAUGUAUGUGUCAAUGAAAUUCAAGCAGGGACCGAUCCCAUCAAAUAAUCGCCCCUGUCCUUUGCUUAAUGAUUGAUUCUAGUUGAUUGUUCAAUUGAAUUCAUAUCAUUUCCAAUUGCCGAUCACUCAAUAUGCAAAGACAACGAAAAGGUUCUAAAUUUUUGUCUUGGUCUUUGCCAGAGAUUAAAAAACAAAGAGCCAAUGCUAAUACAUUGUUGGUAGAUGUAUGCCAGCAGUGGAUCAAACAGUCUAUACUCAAUUCAGUAUACUUCUAGGGGUGGUCAUGGACGAACUGGUACAAUUGUAUCGAUCAUAAUUGGAAUCUUAUUUAAUCUAAAUGGUAUUAUCUAGUCUGUCUCUGUUCAUAAUUCUGAGAAUGAGUGUUUUGUCUUUUAGGCGACGAAGCAUUAAGAACAAAUCACUAUCUACAUCAACAACGUUUGCAAACAAACGGGAAUUCAAGUCCACAGCAUACAAGUCAAUUUGAACAAGUACAAACAAUUUUAGAUUUAUACCACAACCGAAAACAAAUAAAUGAACAUGAAAAAUAA